CUCAAAGCACGGUCCACAUCCACUCCAUCUCCCUGCCAGCCCAACAUCCGCACACCCAUAACAGAGUCAGCACUCACAGCAUAAAUGAAUGGAUAAAAUACCGCAAAAAGAACAAAUUGUUUUCUGUCCUCUUCCCUCAGCAACUUGAGAUCUUCAAGAGAUCCAGAAAUAUGUUGCUUCUACCUCAGACUGGGGAGAGGGGAACUCCCCAAAACGAUGGAGGAGAUGAAGAUAUCAACCAGCCAGAUUCCUGUUCAUGACCAGCCUGUUGUGAGCUCUCCUGGGGGAUCAGCAGUGGCUGGGAGCCUUUUGAAAGCCAAGAUGAGCAACACUCAAGCUGAGACGUCCAUAAUAGGCAUGAUCGACAUGUUUCACAAAUACACCAGACGUGAUGACAAGAUUGACAAGCCAAGCCUGCUGACGAUGAUGAAGGAGAACUUCCCCAACUUCCUCAGUGCCUGUGACAAAAAGGGCAUACAUUACCUGACCAAUGUCUUUGAGAGAAAGGACAAGAAUGAGGAUAAGAAGAUUGAUUUUUCUGAGUUUCUGUCCUUGCUGGGAGACAUAGCCACAGACUACCACAAGCAGAGCCACGGAGGGGAGCCAUGUUCCGGGGGAAGCCAGUGAUCCAGUCCCACCCAGGGGCCUCCAGAGACCCCAGGAACAAUAAAGUGUCUCCUCCCACCA